AUCACAUCGUCUCCUGCCGCGGCACUGAAAGGACGUAACCAUUAAAAACGUUGAUCAUUUUUAUGUGUGUUAAAAAAAUAAGUGAAAGGAUAAAAGUGUAUAGAAACUAUUCAUGAAAAGUAUCUUGUGCUGUGUGUAAUUUUAUUAGUGUGACAACAAAAGGGGAAGGAAUGCUAAGCUGCGCCUCCCCCGCUGGCAUGACGCCCGCACCCCACUCCUCCCACCCCCAAGCGUGGGGUCCGCUCCUACAACCACCGACAGUCAAAACUGAACCGAUGGAUGAUGGAAGCUUUUCGAAAGAACAAACCAGUGGCUUUUAUUCAGAGGGAUUUCACAGCGCGUCACCCUCUUCUUCGAGUAAAGACUCGAACGGACAUUCUCCGCGUAGCGUCGGCAGUACCAGAGAACCUUCACCGUUUUACGACGCAAUGCCUUUAAAAGCUAAAGCCAACCUGGGCAUGCACUUGGAUUCGUUCCGCAACAGUCUACCAUACAGCUUGUUAACGCCUCCGGGCUUCGAAUCCCGGGCUAGCGACGCGCGCGAUCACUCACCUAGCUACGAGUCUUACUCGCCCAGAACAUUAGCGCCACCCGCCCACGUGUCCACGCCCUUAGGGCGCUCCGACGCCACUCCACCAAAGUCGCCACCCAGGACACCGUCGUCACCGGAGCGACGUUCGUUCGAUAGGUUCCACGAUUCCGGCUUCGAUGGUGUGGACCACAACAAACAUGACGGCGAUGACGGCCGCGAAGGCUCCGGUCUUGAGGACGACUUCGACGAGGAGCCCGGCCUCCGGGUGCCCGCAGUCAACUCACACGGAAAAGUUAAAACAUUCAAAUGCAAACAAUGCGAAUUUGUAGCGGUCACGAAACUAAGCUUCUGGGAGCACAGCAAAGAGCACAUUAAGCCCGAAAAGAUGCUGUGCUGCCGGAAAUGUCCCUUCGUCACGGAAUAUAAGCACCAUCUAGAGUACCACAUGCGGAACCACAUGGGCUCGAAGCCGUUCCAGUGCAGUCAGUGCUCGUAUUCAUGCGUGAACAAAUCGAUGCUGAAUUCCCACCUGAAAUCCCACUCGAACGUUUACCAAUACAGAUGUGCGGACUGCAAUUACGCAACCAAAUACUGUCACUCGCUUAAGCUCCACUUGCGCAAGUACCAGCACAGUCCGGCGAUGGUUCUAAAUUUGGACGGAACUCCAAAUCCGCUGCCGAUUAUUGACGUGUACGGAACACGAAGGGGGCCCAAACAGAAACCGUUGUCGAAAAUAUUCGAACAACAAACCGGCACGAACAACCACAGCCCUCAUCCACAGCCGCCGCCACCAACGCAUCCGCUUUUCGGAAAUCACUUCCCAGUAAACCUGCCGUAUCUACCACCGCUCUUGCCACACUCCUUCCUGUUUCCCCCUAACAACAACUACGAACAAAAGAUGUCACCGAGGAGCCACGAAACGCCAACCGAGAAACCCCAAAGUGCCUCACCACAACCGUCACUGCUCCACCAGCGCUUAGCGUUCAACGAAGCGCAGUCGGAAUUCAACCCGCUGUCCCCGGCAGCUAAGCCGCCACCCACAUCACCGCACACCCCGACGCUCGCACGAGAAGCGUCUCCGGUCCAGAGCAACGACGACGCUCUCGACCUGACCAACACGAAGAACAGCGAAGCGGGCACGCCGCCGCCGAGCACAGAGAAACCGACGCCCGUGACGCCGACAACCGCUCUGAAGAACAGACGGAAAGGACGCGCGUUUAAGUUACAACCGGCCGCGUUGAGACUACAGCACGAAGACGAGAAAAUGAGAGACGCGGAAGUAUCGGACAGUGAAUCGGAAGCUUCGGCGGACGCGGCCCUCGCUACGUCCACAAACAGCUACGCGUGCCAAUACUGCGACAUCACCUUCGGAGACCUCACCAUGCACACGAUCCACAUGGGUUUCCACGGAUACAAUGACCCCUUUAUGUGUAACAAGUGUGGCGAGAGGAGUGCCGACCGAGUGGCUUUCUUCAUCCACUUGGGUAGGGCGCAACACGCCUAACUCAUCCGCGCCUACCGCCCCUAGUCAAAGCUUUGUCGCUUACACGCGGCACAUUCAAAGCUCAAUGUUGAAAAGUAGAUUAUCGUAGUCUCGUACGUAUUGUUAAGCCAAAGAAUUGCUUGAUAAAAUAGUUUUGUAGCUCGGUUACGUGUACUGAACAUAAUUUUAUGAAUCUUUGUAGCGUCCUUUGAUGUAGUUUGAUUGAAAGUGUAUAGUGAUAAUGAUCGUAAUAUCUUUAACUUUUUUCGAACGGAAUUUCGGUGAAACAAAAAUCGGUGUAUAUUGGAUUGGUUUCUGUCAAAUUAAAUAUGAUUUAGUAAAAAAUACAAUUGAAACUAUAUUUGAUAGUUAAAAUGAGGAAGAACAAUUGACAUGAUUAUUUUCGUAACAAAAACAGGAUAUUUUUAAUUUAUUAUUAUAUCGCGGAAAAACAUUUGUUUUUAUGUAAUAAU